UCUCGCUCUCCCUCCCUCCCUCUCCCCGCUGCUCCCGCCUCCUGCCCUCCCUUGCCCCCUCCCCUCCCCGACACUGCAGCAUUCGCCGACUGCAGCUCCAGCCACCGCCCGCGCCUCUCCGGCCUCCGCAACCCCACCGCCGCCAGCACCAUGGCCAGCACCGUGUCCGCCUACAAGAAGAUGAAGGAGCUGUCGGUGCUGUCACUCCUCUGCUCCUGCUUCUACUCACAGCCGCACCCCAACACCGUCUACCAGUAUGGGGACAUGGAGGUGAAGCAGCUGGACAAGAGGGCCUCCGGCCAGAGCUUUGAGGUCAUCCUCAAAUCCCCUUCCGACCUUUCCCCGGAGAGUCCCAUGCUCUCCUCCCCCCCCAAGAGGAAGGACACCUCCCUGGAGGAGCUGCAGAAGCGGCUGGAGGCAGCUGAGGGGCGGAGGAAGACGCAGGAGGCGCAAGUGCUGAAGCAGCUGGCGGAGCGGCGCGAGCACGAGCGCGAGGUGCUGCACAAGGCGCUGGAGGACAACAACAACUUCAGCCGCCUGGCCGAGGAGAAGCUCAACUACAAGAUGGAGCUCAGCAAGGAGAUCCGCGAGGCGCACCUGGCCGCACUGCGUGAGCGGCUGCGCGAGAAGGAGCUGCACGCUGCCGAAGUGCGCAGGAACAGGGAGCAGCGAGAGGAGACGUCCGGCUAAGGGGCCGUUUGGACACCGCGGCGCCUGGAUCCCGAGAUGAGACAGGAACACAUCUGGGUUUCGGUUUUGUUUUGUUCGACUUUGUCUAGAUGCGGCUUUUGCUCCCGUCCCUCCUCCCCUCCUGUUCUCCCAGCUUCAGCUUCUCUUUCCGCGUUCCGAGCUGUCCAGCCCUCGUGGCAAGGCUUUGACCACAGGCUCUCCCUGUGGGGCCCCCAGGGCGUGGCACACAGCCCCACAGUUCAGGCCCCAGGCUGGCCGUGGCUGGGUCCCCUCUUGGCAGCCCUCUUAGUGGACGUGGUGGCGACCUCAAUAAAUCCAGCGAUGGUGGCAGGAA